CAAUUAUAUUAUAAGUAACCCAAAACAAACAGUUAGUAAGUAGUAACAAGAUUAUAGCACACAUCAAGAUGAGACUGUUUAUAUUUCUUAGCUUUUUUUUCGUUUACACCUUUGCCAUACGUCCAGGCCCUGUAAUUCAAGCUUCAAAGGGUGCAGUAUGGCCUAAGCCCCAACAACAAGAAGUAUCUGAGACUUAUUAUUUAAUUCGCCCUCACUCUUUCACUUUUGAGGCACCGGUAAAUAUUGGGUGUCCUAGUUUCUUAGACGACGCUUUAACGAGAUACUGGACCAUCAUUGCUACUUCCAUAACAUCAAAGUUAGAAGAAACACCAGAAGCGAACUUUUGGGAAUUAGAUGAUAAUUUUCUUGGGUAUUUGGAAACAUUGACGAUUACUUUACUCGGCGAGUGUCCAAAUGAGAAUAUUUUACCGGAAUUACACGACAAUGAAAAUUAUACUUUGACUGUUGACUCCGAGGGGGCCUUUCUGGAGUCGGAGACAAUAUGGGGCGUUUUGAGGGGUUUGGAGACAUUUUCUCAAUUAAUUUACGCAGAACAAGAUACACUAAUGAUUAAUACAACUAAAAUCGUUGAUUUUCCGAGAUUUCCUCACAGAGGUUUUCUCCUGGACACAUCACGUCACUUCGAGCCCGUGCGUAUCAUUCUGCAAAUGCUGGACGCUAUGGCUUAUAACAAACUUAACGUUUUUCACUGGCAUAUCACAGACGAUCAUAGUUUUCCCUAUAAAAGUCGCACCUACCACGAGCUAAGUGAUAAGGGUGCUUAUCACCCUGUUAGUGGAGUCUACGAACAAAGUGACGUUAUGAAAAUAAUAGAAUAUGCCAGGGUUAGGGGGAUUCGGGUAAUCCCCGAGUUCGAUACUCCCGGUCAUACACGUUCUUGGGGAGUGGCCCACCCGGAACUGUUGACUAGCUGUUUCACGGACAAUGUGGCCAAUGGCGAACUGGGCCCAAUGGACCCAACUAAGGACACCACUUACGAUUUUAUCAAUAAUUUGUUUACGGAAAUUGUGGACGUUUUCCCCGAUUCAUAUUUUCAUAUAGGGGGUGAUGAGGUUGAAUUUGACUGUUGGAAAAGCAACCCGGAUGUGAGUAAUUUUAUGAAACAGAACAAUUUCUCGACUUAUGAGCAACUUGAAAGCUAUUUUAUUCAACACGUGGUCGACAUUUUAGACAAUUUGAGUUCGAAAUACCUUGUUUGGGAGGAAGUUUUUGUAAACGGAGUCGAGUUACCUAACUCGACUGUUGUACACGUUUGGAAAGACAACGGUCUUAGCACUUUGAAUAAUGUGAUUAAAGCGGGUAAAUAUGGUCUGUAUUCAUCUUGUUGGUAUUUGUCGGUUCUGCACAGUGGUAGUGACUGGGAUGCGUUUUAUAAAUGCGAACCUGGUUUACUUUUGCACACAGAGGAGGAAAAGAAAUUGUUAUUAGGAGGCGAAGCGUGUAUGUGGGGAGAAUAUGUUAAUGAAUUCAGCGUAAUCCCAAGAGUAUGGCCACGAGCUAGUGCUGUAGCUGAAAGACUUUGGUCUGAUGAAAACGUUGUUGAUAUUUCUGAUGCUCAGAUCAGACUUGAGGAACAUGCGUGCCGGAUGAACAAAAGGGGAAUUGCGGCACAGCCUCCAAAUGGACCAGGAAUGUGCUUUUAAGCAAUAAAACAUCCAAAUUAU